UGUCAAAAUACUAUUUUCGUUUUCAAUUGAUUGGCCUUUGAGGGAGAAGAGUCAAUUAACAAAUAAGCUAUUGCCGGCGGAACUGAAGAAAUUCCGGUGAAGCUCCGGUGCGUAUAAUGCUCAAGGCCGUUCAGAUCUUGGGUUGGUCAUCAGGGUUAACCAUCUCACAGAGAUUAACAAAGACCCGCAAGUCCUCGAGUGUCUCUUUCAUCUCUACAUCUCUCAAUCUCUCUACUUUCUCCUCUGUAACUUCGAGCUCUCCUCGGAGAAUCAUCUCUUUCAACCCAAUUCGAAUGUCUUCUUCACUUCCCGGGACUGACCCAGUUGCAAAUUCUCCAGCUUUCGUCUCUGUUCAAUCAGCUGGUGAUGUUCGUAAGAUAAAGUUCUGUCAAUGGUGUGGAGGGCCAACAAAGCAUGAGAUACCUGAUGGUGAAGAGAAAUUGAGAGCUAUUUGUACACAUUGUGGCAAAAUCGCUUAUCAGAAUCCUAAGAUGGUUGUAGGUUGCCUUAUAGAGCAUGAAGAAAAGAUUUUACUUUGCAAGCGUAACAUUCAACCUUCACACGGUUUAUGGACACUUCCUGCUGGUUAUCUAGAAGUUGGUGAGUCAGCUGCACAAGGAGCAAUGAGAGAAACUUGGGAAGAAGCUGGAGCCACUGUGGAAGUUAUUUCACCUUUUGCGCAACUCGACAUUCCUCUUAUUGGCCAAACGUAUGUUAUAUUCCUAGCCAAACUGAAGAACCUGCAUUUUGCGCCUGGUCCAGAAUCAUUGGAGUGUCGUCUUUUUGCACUAGAUGAGAUACCGUUUGAUUCCUUGGCGUUUUCAUCUAUAUAUGUUACCUUAAAUCUGUACUUGGAAGAUCUGAAAAAUGGUAAAGUCAAGUUUCACUAUGGUACAAUAAAUAAAAGGCCUGGAAGUAGUCCUUCAGAUAUUCGUGCCUUUAGUCUUGAUUACCAUCUGCAGCACUGACUCGAGACUUUAUAGAAGCGGCUUCUGGACUUCAUUCUCCCAGGCCGUGUCUUGUCAUUUGGCACCUCGUUGUUGACUAAACGAGAAGGAAAAAUGAAGUUGCUUCUGUGAAGGAUCCUUGGACAGCUGAGAAGAAAGAGGGAAGAUAAUUUGUUUGGACAGAGAUAUAGGUUGGAUGGCUGUUACUUGUUAGGUAUCUCAUGUCAGAUAUUAUGGCUAAACAAACCGUUUCUGUUUCUAGUUUCAGUUGCCUCAAUUGUAAAAGGAAACAAUGCAAAUGUGCAUGCAACAUUUUGAUCAAUCUUUGUGUAAUUAUUAAGUCCCCGCGUUAUUGUUACC